GAUAAUUUCAUAACCGAAGCCCUCGAUAAACCCUGCGCGCUGACAGUUCUGCAAUUUCACAAGGCUCAUUCCUCUCUCCAUCCGGGCUCUUCCACUUAUAUUUCUCUUCUGCGAUGUUUCCCCCGCCUUUCUCCUCUCAGCCUCGCCCAUCUUCUCAAGUCAACUCGAAGGGACUCACUGGUCCGGCUACUCCACAGGUUAUGGGUAAUCCAGGUAUGCAAAUGCCGCCUCAAAUGGGUUCAUAUAACCCACAGGGUUCAAGCACUCCCAAUAUCUACCCGUCUGCUCCCCGUUUCCCAUUUCAAGCUCCCCAAAACCCUACCAAUAAUGUUGGCGUUCCUCAAAUCCCUGGACAAUUUUUUGCACCUAAUAAUUUUGCAACCCCUGCCCCUUUCUUCAACAUGAAUGCUAAUGCUAUGAUGCCGAACAACCAGUGGAAUACGCCUAAUAAUGCUCUCCUCCAGACUGUGAAUCAGUUAUUGCAAGUGCAAAUGCAAUUGCAAAUGCAACUACAGAACCCGAACUUUUCUCAAGUUGGCCUGUCUCCCCUUCCGUUUUAUGCAAACAACCAAGCUCCUCACAAUGGUGGUCUUCAAGAUCCCAACUUUGGUGUGAAUGCACAGUUCCUCCUUGCCAACUUGGCUGCACAGCAAAUGAUGAAUCCGAAUUUGUUGGAGCAGCCUCAACAAGGGAAUAUACCUUCCAUGGCCCAGCCUCAUCUAAACCAGAGCAGCUCAAACCCUCCUGAUGCUGCUACAUCACAGGGAGGUCUUGGACAUGCAACCAGAAUCAACUCAAAAGGACCCUGGAAGAGUUCUUUUAACAACAACUUCAAUAGAAGUCAGGGAAAUGAAGCAACGCACUCUGGAUUUGGGAAGCCCACCACACAGUCAUUUCAAAAUGCUAAAAAGAACUUCAGCAUUCAUAAUGACAGUCAAGUAAAAGGACACACUGAUGGUAGCACUGAAAAGUCUUUCAAGAAACAAAACCAAAUGGAGAAAAAGAGACCGCUCCCUUUGUUCUACACAGAACAAGAAGUACGACAAUGGCGGGAAGAGCGCAAGAAACAUUAUCCAUCAAAAGAUAACAUUGAGAAGAAAUCACAAAAGCUUGCAAAGGCUGAAGAAAAUGUUCAUGCUGCAAAUUUACGUCGCCAGCGACUCAAGGAAAUAUUGGCGAAGCAAGCAGAGCUAGGCUGUGAAAUUGCGGAAAUACCUUCUUCCUAUCUGUCAGACUUGGAACGACCGCACAAUGAAAGAGGGGACAAGAGAAGGCCAUUUAAUAAGAAGGAUAGGUACCAAUACAAGCCAAACAAGAGGGGACGGUUUGGUCAAAGGAACAGCUUCUGUAGAAAGCCAAAUAUUGAGUACCCCACUUCAUCGGAAAUUCAAGAGCAGCGUGAUGAUCACUCAAAGGAACAAAAGUCAGAAAACAAAAGGGAGCCAAGUCUCUUGCAAAAACUGCUUUGUGCGGAUAUUACAAGAGAUAAAAGGCAUCUGUUGCAAGUCUUUAGGUUCAUGGUCAUGAAUUCUUUUUUCGUAGAAUGUCCCGAGAAGCCUUUGAAGUUUCCCUCUGUAAUGGUUAAAGAAUCAGUGAGUGAGAAUUUGGUUGUGGGUCAAGGAUCACCAAUGGAAGAACCUUUCCUCAAUGAUGUGGAAUGCAAAGAUGAGACUUGUUUGGGUAAUGACAAAUCAAUCAUCGGCGACACUGGAAAGGAAGAACAUCAAGAGGAGGGAGAGAUUAUUGACUAGUGAGAUCAAUUCGUUUAUUUUGUGCAAUAUGCCUUGUAUAUAUUUGUGCCCAAACUCCUCUUAAGUUUUAUAUUACUAAAAAAGAUCGCCUAUUGUUAAUUGGGUGAUGAAUUUUGGAUUGAGAAAUGCUUGGAGCCUCUGAUGGCCAGAUGGGUGAGCAUUGUAUAAUUAAAUUUCUAACUCAGCUGUAUCUGGUGUAUGUUUUUUAAUGUCCCAUUUCUUUAUAUCAUACUGUUCCCAAUCAGAAAGUGUGUUUGCUUCAACUUAUU